UAUCCUAAUCCUGUGUACAGUGCUCAGUGCGCGAAACUAAAAAUAAAUAGCCCGCAGCCAAGUGAUUCUUCAAACAGACGACAUAAGCAAUAUACGCAGACAUGUUGCCACAAAUUGUUGCCAGCUGCGCCUUGCUGGCACUGCUGUAUCUACAGCCAGCUACGGCGGGGAUUCAUAAGCGCAGUGGCGCCAAGGCAGACGCACAGCCACAGCCAGCAGCAACUAAUCCCGCUGCCAGCGUCGAGAACACGGACCUGUUGGAUAAACUUAGCUGGAAGUGUGCCAACAAUGCGAGCUGCCUGCAUGGCGUUGCCAACGGCAUUGUUGCCUCCUAUCGACGUGGGGAAACCAUUAAGCUGGGCCUCUUUGAUCUGGUAAAGCUUCCCGCGCUGGACGAGGCGCACAAGCACAAAUGGGGCAGCGGCCGCGGGCUGUCCAGCUUCAUGGAGCUUGUUAGCGGCAACGCUAUACGCGUGCCCGUGGGCCCAAUGGUGUUCAGUGUGCAGCGCGCCGAGGACGACAGCGAUUACAUCGAAGUGGCGCUGCUGAAGAAGGCCUCGAGUGGCACAGGACGUCUUCAGGGCAAUGGCGGCGGUGGCGGCUUGCUGGGCGGUGGGGGCGGCGGUGGCGGUUUGGGUGGAGGAGGCGGCGGCUUGCUGGGCGGUGGCGGCGAUAGUGGCGGCGGAGGCGGCUUACUUGGCGGUCGACGACGUCAGCAACAUCAGGAUAAGAAGCAAUUUCAAAUGUUUAUUCCCAUGUACCUGGCGGCCACAACAUUCGGCUGGACAAUGGUGGCUGCCAAGGCGGUGGGCUUGCUAACACUCAAGGCGCUUAUCCUAUCAAAGAUAGCCUUUGUGGUGGCUGCCAUUGUGCUAAUCAAGAAGCUCAUGGACAAUGCCAGCGAAAAAAUGAUGUAUCAGUUUCCCGAGCACACGCCCUAUAUGAUGCCCUACGGCAUGGAUUAUCCCAUGCAUGGCGCCGAGCUAUCGCCCGAAAUGUAUCCUGGCGCACUGCAUCAGCUGGCCGUAGCGGGUGGCGGACAAAUGCCGCACGCUGGACAUCCGGGAAUGGAAAGCUUUGGCGCUGAGACUCACAUACACUCGCAAGUGGCGGGAGAUGGCAGCAACAAUACCAAUCCGCUGGCAGCUUUCGGCAGCCUCGGCGGACUGGGGCACAAAAUCAAACGUGAGGACUCUUGGAUAGCGAAGACGACCCAGGCCAGACGACCGCUUAUCUAUAACUAUGUGCAGCCGCAGAUGCCCUUCUACCGCUCCUAAACUGAGCGUAAAUAUCGAGUGAGGCUUAGCCAAUUUGUGCAGCUUUGGCCUCCCCCCCGGACGCUACCAAAGACCGUUGAGAAGGUUGCUGCUGCCAUAUGUGACCAUCAGUAGAAGAAGUUGACGCUGGAGUGCUUUAAGCUGCUUAUAACUUAAUUAAUUUUUUUGAUUUGUAUUAUUUAUUGAAUUGUUUGUAAUUUAGCAAACGUCUGGCACACACAUUUAGC